AUGUAGCGCCGGGGCUCUAAUGAGCUCGCAUAGCUGAUGCGCAUAUCUUGUCUACCAAUCAACAAAAAGCGUCAGUCCAGCAGGCAACCCUCCAACUAGUGGAGAGACUGAAUGAAUAUUAAUACGCAAGCCGCUCACUUUCAUACUCAUAAAGUUAGGGGGAUUAUCAAAGGGAGGACGCCUGUCAGCGAGCGACUCUGGACCACGAGAUUUUCAGCAUCGUAUUUGGGAUUUGGACUCCGUCGGGCAGGGAUUGGUGAUGUUGAAGCCAACGCAUCAUUGCGUGCUGUAGUAAGAAAGAGACGAGGGAGCUGCGUGGGACGUGCGGAAAAUGAAGACGUGCCUUGGCCAGUACUUCUACGACUUAUAUUUUCCCUUUUAAAAUGUCAAGGCUUCCUUCAGCACGGUGUGUCCGAUACCGGUCAAGCUGCUCAUUUGGAGGGAUGAAAAAUCCCAGCCUUUGCAGUCUAAAGGUCCGGUUGUAUAAAUUGUGACAACGGCUGUCAACACUGAAAUCAGAAAUCGAUAUUCAAGAAUGCGAGGGAAUAUUCUUAUACAAUCUUAACGACCCCCCACCCAUCCUUUUCUAAUUGGGAUUCUAGUUUUUGUUUUGUUUUUUUUUUCUUUCUUAUUUUAAGGUGAGUGGUUUAGUUACUUGCAUCUUCAGCCGGAGCAGUGCUGAUAGUGACAGAUUAUUAUUGUUGAGGGUUCAUGCGAGACUUUAGGUGAAAACAUGUCUAGCCACUUCUCUGUGAGGAUCACUGCUAUCAGAGAUGGCAUUUUGGUCCAGCACUUCAGCUUUUACCUCUAAAGUGCCUCGGAAGAUCCUGUUCAUGUUUACUCUCUCCCUCUCUGUUACUUACUUGUUUUAUAGCUUGAUGAGCUGUUACAACUCGUUGCAGUUCCCCUUGCAGGAAAACCAUGUGUACCAAGCAAGGGUGGUGACUGAAGAGACAACUUCCGUCGCGUUUAGAGAGAAACUUUAUUCCACCACUGCACAUGCUUAUAUCGAUGAAGAUCUAAUAUACAAGACCUCCACUGUGCAGACCGUUACCGGGUAUGUGGUGUCCACUAUUGACCAUUCAGAAGAUGCCGAAAGCAAGCGCAGAGAAACGGAGUGGGUCGGGACCCCGCUUGCUCAUACCGAAAUGAUCGCGGGGGGUCUGAACGCAGUUUCAGGAAGGGAGCACCAGGAGUCCAGCACCAUAGACGACGAUCUCAGCAGAAGGGUGAAUUGCACCCCGGAUUACGGAGUGAAAAAAUUGCCCCAAGCCAUCAUAAUAGGGGUGAAGAAAGGAGGCACGAGAGCUCUGCUGGAAGCCUUGAGGGUGCAUCCCGACGUCAGGGCGGUUGGUGUUGAGCCCCAUUUCUUUGAUAGGAACUACGAAAAAGGACUCGACUGGUACAGGGACCUGAUGCCAUCGACACUGGAGGGCCAGAUCACCAUGGAGAAGACACCCAGCUACUUUGUGACUAACAGUGCCCCCAAACGCAUCCAUUCUAUGGCAAAAGACACCAAACUCAUUAUCGUGGUCCGCAACCCUGUGACUAGAGCCAUAUCUGACUACACGCAGACUCUGUCCAAGAGACCAGAGAUCCCGACCUUUGAGGUCCUGGCUUUUAAGAACAGGACCCUGGGUCUGAUUGAUGCCUCAUGGAGUGCCCUGAGAAUUGGAAUAUAUGCACUGCACCUGGAAAGCUGGAUGCAGUAUUUUCCACUGUCCCAGAUACACUUCGUCAGUGGAGAGAGGCUUAUUGUUGAUCCAGGUGGGGAACUGGCCAAAGUGCAGGACUUUCUUGGACUGAAGCGCAUCGUGACAGAUAAACAUUUCUAUUUCAACAAAACCAAGGGAUUCCCAUGCUUGAAGAAACCAGAGGACAGCAGUGCACCACGGUGCCUCGGCAAGUCCAAGGGCAGAACUCAUCCCAAAAUAGACUCCGAUGUGAUAUACAGACUACACAAGUUUUACAAACCCUUUAAUAUGAUGUUUUAUCAAAUGACAGGGCAGAACUUUCAGUGGGAGCAAGAGGAGAGGCAGUGAGUGUUUCUCAGGCCAGCAAGACUUUCAGCACUGCCAACUGGCCCAUGAUUUCCCAUGAUGCAAAGAAUCUGACUAUCAUCCCUCACUACACAAACGGUCCAUGUCAAAAGCAAACCUGUAAUCUGCACUGUAGUUUCAGUGGCCAUAGUGGCAUCCAUAAUUGUAAAUAAUAUUUGUAAAUGAAAGAUUAUUUUAUAUUUCAUUUUCAAAAUAUUUAGGGGUACAAAAAUCGAGGCAAAAAUGUGCAACAGUUCAUGCUAAGUGUCCUUAAUAAGUGAUUUGCUUCUUGAACAUAAUGAAUUCCAAGAAAAGAACAACAUUGCUUUGUCAACUGUUCUUCUAUUAGAAAGGCAAUGAUGGGGUUAAAUGUGCAUUUCAUUUGAGGCAUGUCAUUUAAGACUGAAAUGUGUAAUUGCGUAUUUCAUAUUUGCACUGGUUAAGAAUACUCAGAGUGUCAUUUAAUGAUCAUACUAUCGCUUUUCAUUUACAGCGCAUUAUGUGGUAACUGUCUCUGAGUUCUGCACAACGUGAGACAAUCAAUAUUGGUGUAAUGUUUGUCAAUGGUGGCCCUGGCUUCGAUGCCUCUGCCUUGGCCGUGCGAGAUUGAUUCGGCUCACUGUGGCACCCCAUGUUUUGUUACUCAGGUGUGUCGAGUCAGUCUGCUGGUACUGCAAGGAAUCAGAUCAAUCCACAGAAGCUCUCGUUGCCCUUGAGAGCAUCUGAAUGCCAGAAACCCACCUUUUACAUCACAAGGCAGUGCUGUACAGUCAACCGUAAGACACAUAUGCUGUGGAAUUGUCUAAUGUAUUCUAUUUAGUAUUUCCAGAAAAUUUAUAUUUCUGUUUGUAAGCCUACCGCUGCAGUAAAGUUGCAUGCAGUACUGGAAGCAGA